GCUCUACCUGGGAAAUCCCAUGGACCCUCCUGACAUUUUAGGUGUGGACCCGAGUGCUGCCAGACCCACCCAGCUUCCAGGCAGGGCUAAAAGGCAGCCGCCUCCGCGCCCGCCUCAGCCUACCGUCCUGCUCACCAAGCCCUGCUACGAUCCGGUCAGUGAGGAGGAAGAGGGUCUGCCAGGAGGUCUCCGGAAGCUUUGCCUGAAGAAGCCAAGUGCAGGGAAGGGUCUGCGACCGGUCAAGCCAUCGGCACGGGUACCAGGCACCAAGGUGGGCGAGCGGCAACCCGGCCGGCUGGCAAGCGAGGGGCCACCGGGCAGCGAGGUGACCCUCAUCGAUUUCGGGGAGGAGGUGCCCCAAGGUAGCCCCUCACCAGUGGGGGAGCUGACAGCCCCGUCGUUGGUCAAGCUGGCCAUGGAGGCCUUCUCCUUGCUGGACAAAACCCCACCGCAGAGCCCCACACGGGCUCUACCCCGGCCCCUCCACCCCACACCAGUGGUGGACUGGGACACCCGCCCCUUGCCCCCACCGCCCGCCUAUGAUGAUGUGGCACAAGACGAGGACGACUUCGAGGUCUGCUCCAUCACCAGCCCCCCGAGCCGGCGGGGCAAGACAAACUACGGCUUUGUGGACGAGGGUGAGCGGGGACCGGUGCUGGAGGACAACCUUUUCCUACCCCCCAAAGAGACCAAGCAGCCCAGCCUGACACAGACUACUGAGCUCUUUGAGGAGCUGCAGCAGGAGUGCAUGAAGAGGCUCAACGUCCCCCUGGGACCAGCUGCCCCCACCGACGACAAGCCCCAAAUCCCCCCCCGUGUCCCCAUCCCACCCCGGCCCCUACGCCGCAACGAGCCUGGGCGCUGGUCGGGGGAGCUUUCCCCGGCUUCAGGGGGUGAGGAAGACCGUCCGCCUCAGAUUCCCCCCCGGGACCCGCUGUCACAGCCCACUUCCCGGACGCCCAGCCCUAUGGCCUUGCAGGUGGGCUCCCCUCAGCAACGUGCCACCCUCUGUUCCUGCCUCUCCACCUCGCCGGGGAAGCCCAUGCCCCCCAUGCCCACCACGCAGAGCUUUGCCCUUGACCCCAAGUAUGCCACCCCCAAGGUCAUCCAGGCGCAAGGCAAGGACUGCUCCAAAGGACCCUGCAUCCUGCCUAUCGUGAAGGAUGGGCAGAAGGUCAGCAGCACCCACUACUACCUGCUGCCCGAGCGCCCUGCCUACCUGGACAAGUAUGAGAAGUUUUUCAAGGAGGCCAAAAGCCCUGAGGAGGCGCCGGCGUCCCGCCUGGUCACCACAGCCACCGUCCGUCCCAUGGUGCAGCAGCCACCGCUGGAUUGCAGGGCCAACUUCUCCUCCAACAACAGCAAUCCUGGGCCCAAGUGCCUGGUGAAAGCCUCCUGCAGCCUCCAGAAGAUCGUCUAUGACGGGCCAGAUGGCUGCCGCCCUGCCGACAAGAUCCGGCUGGUGCAGGACACAGUGCACGGUGUGACCACCGAGGAGUGCCAGGCAGCCUUGCAGAACCACAGCUGGAACGUCCAACGGGCUAUCCAGUACCUGAAGGUGGAGCAGCUCUUCUGCCUGGGGCUGAAGUCCCGUGUCGAGUGCCACAGGGUGCUGGAGAUGUUUGACUGGAACCUGGCCCAGGCCAGCUCCCACCUCCUCGAUCCCUACAGCACCGCCCGCCAGAAGUAG